UCCCGUUAUUUUCUUUUGUUUGCUGCGCCAGUUCAAAGCAGUCGAUGCACUUUUGCUUGCAAGCAUCGCGUUGUAUUUUAGUGUGCGUGUGUGUGCGCGCUGACUGGUGUUCUUUUCAUAAAUAAUUACGGUCGAUCCGUCGAAAAAAAAAGUCGCGUAAAAGCUGCGUUUUGAUUGAAUUUCGCGACCUGUGUGUUGAGUGUGUGACGGAAUUCGUCGUCGUAUUUUCAAUCACUGAACGACGAGUGUGGUUGGUUUGGUGCGCGGAGAACAUUGACAGAAGAGGGUCGAGUCAGUGGCAGAGGACAACAGUGCGAAGAAAGAAAGGCCCCCUUUUUUCUGUGACGAUUUUUGCGAGGAUUUAUCGAACGGUUCCCCGGAGGAAUCUACUGUCAACGUCUGGAGAAAUCCGCGGAUUCGAACUAGCAGCUGGUUUCCGACAAGAACUAUUUUCCGAUAUCAUGGACUCCACGGCGCUCCUGGAUGCCGUUGCCAGUUCAUCACUGUCGGUAGCUGGUCCCUCGUCUUCUUCGUCGUCACUGUCUUCCACAUCAACAGUGGAAUCGCCCUCGGCCGCAGCAAAGGAGAUCUGCAAAUUCUUCAAAAUGGGCACCUGUCGCUAUGGGUCGGCUUGCCGUAAUGCACAUGCUGUCGCUGCAGAACAACCGGAACCCGGUCCAUCGUUUGCCGCCGAUCCGGGACCGAGUACCAGUACCGGUUUCACAAUUGAUCCACUCAAGUGGAUCAACGCGCCGGAAUUCGUGCCCAAGUUCAAACAGUGGCAACCAACUGCUGGUUCGGUUGAUGUGCAAGAGGCAGAGCAGAACUUGCAGAGAUCAGAACAUCUACAGCCACUGGAAUUGCCAGAAGAAGAGGACGCGGCGAUGGAUGAGGAAGAGGUCGUAGAAAAUGGGGAUCAGGAAGAUGAUGUCCCUGCCGCUGGCGGCGGAAUGUCCUACGCGGCGAUCGUCACAAUGAACAACAACCACAACGGCUUGGGAAUCAUUGAGGACCAUGUCGAUUCGGUGCUAUGCCCGUACUUUGAGAACAGUGGCGUUUGUAUGUUGGACACGUGCCCGUAUGCCCACGGGGAACUGUGCGAACUGUGCGGCAAGUUCUGUCUGAAUCCGCUGGACAAGGAACAACAGCGACUGCACAACGUCGAGUGCAUUAAACAGCACGAGCUGGACAUGGAGCACUCGUUUGCCAUUCAGCGAUCCAAAGACAAGAUCUGCGGCAUAUGUCUGGAGGUGAUCCUGGAGAAGCCGAGCCGCGAGCAGCGGUUCGGCAUCCUGCCGAACUGCAGUCACAUCUUCUGUCUGGAGUGCAUCCGGACGUGGCGACAGGCGAAGAACUUCGAGAAUAAGAUCAAACGGGGCUGUCCCACAUGUCGCAUCUCGUCGGACUUCGUUUGUCCCAGCAUUGUGUGGGUGGAAAGUCGGGAGGAGAAGGAUAGGCUGAUCAACGAUUACAAGAAGGCGUGCAACACGACUCACUGCAAGCACUUCAAGCAGGGCACGGGCAAGUGUCCGUUCGGAAACAAGUGCUUCUAUAAGCACGCCCUGCCAGAUGGUACGCUGGUCGACGUCGGCGGACCAUCUCGACAGACGGACAGCCGCCUGCGGAUCAGCCACCUGCAGGACUUUUUCCGCGAGGUGCUGCACCAGCGGGGACGCCUCCUGAACGACUUCAUGUCGUCGAUCUUCUCCGACAGCGACGACUCGGAGAUGUCCGAAUUGUACGAUCUGUACGACAUCUAGUUGCUCAGCCCUACAGCAGUAGCAGCAUCAGCAGCAGCAAUAGCCCGCCAGUCGCACCAGCAGCAAACGCACCAGGAUCAGUCGCAGCCGCAGCCACAGCAGCAGUCCCAGAAUGGCCAAUUGUGUCAGCAGCAGCAGCAGCAGUACCAACACCACCAAUACCUUUAUUACUACUAUUACUAUCAAAUCCUUACCGGUGGCGGCAGCGAGUCCCGUUUUGGUAGCACCAACCACAACAGUAACACCCGCGGCGGCGUCGGCAGCAGCAGCAGCAACAGUAAUUGUAUUUUCGUCUAUUUAGUCCAUAUUGGAAGUGGAGGAGCAACUCUCGUGGCCGUCGGACCUGGUGGCGGAGAGUAACCUAGAAAAGAACGUGUGUUUCAGUGUAUUUUCCGACCUGGUAAGACAUUAAUAGUAGGCCAUGGUAAGGCAGUAGGCUCCGCCAGGUGGCGUGCACUACCUUUAUGUACGAUUAGUGUGGGACCUUCCGGGACGUCCACAUCCCAGUUAAGCUUGGCGGCGUGCCACAACUUGGAAAUGUGUGUAUCGAAGCCGCCCGCAGACUUUGGCCCCGUUUGAAAAGCGGGACGGAAUCCAAAGCUGAUUGAUGAUUCAUGUUUCUUCUUUUCGAUUACUUCCCAUUUAAAUCUGUCCACGUCCCUGUACGUUAUCGAUUAGUUCAACUAUUUAUUCAAGCAGCGUUGAUAUUCUUAUUUUCUGUGUUGAAAAAUUCGGCAGUCUGUUGAUCUGUAUUAGUUAAUGCCCAGUUCUUUAGGUAGAUCGGAAAAACUCUGUGAGCUGGCAAGGGAGCGUCCUUCCACACAACUGUUCAUCAUCAUAAUCGUCAUACACUUUAUUUGGUACGUUGUAAUUUAGUGUGUAGUAAACUUGAUGUAGAAGUCGACUUCCAUCGCUAUCGAGUUGUUGUUAAGUUAAUUGGAAAGCCAUAUAUCCCACCUGCCUCCCCGGCCAUAGUUCCCCGCUGGAUAUCGCACUUGUCCUCCGGUUCAGAAGGAAAGUCGUCGAGUAUCCGCGUGACGAUAGCAAUCGUUCCAAGCCGGAAGAUUGCACUCAAAAUUUAGCUCAAUUUUACGUUUAGGAAUCGAUUCGUAUAGUUUUGUACCUGAAAAAAAAGAACAUCUGAUUCUCUACUACCUCUCACCGUCUCGCUCCCUCCAUAAUGUUCACUCAUUUACUCAUGUAGAAUGAUCGAAGUAGCCCUUGCUAGUGACGCCGACAGGUGGGAAAUUCAAAUUCGACAAUUUGAUUUCAAGCAGUUGAGAGAUGCAUCAGAGCACGUUGCCAGGCAGGGCGGUGUACACAAAUACAAACACAUUAUACUCCGGUUUUGAAAAAAAAGUAUGUAUCAAUGAAAAAAAGUGAAACUCUAAUAAACAAUAUCUAUUUCUAUAUUAGGAAUCGAUUGAUUAUCAAUAGAAACGUUUAUGAAGAGUAAAUCCACUCAGAACCAGAAGUUAGAUCACAACAAUAUUCAAUUUGAGCGCCACAGAAAGUCAUAAGCGAGAGCCACUCUGAAAACACACUUGUUCACGCUAACAUAAAUAGACACGCCUACUUUGUGAAAAGUAAAAUGAGACUCAUCGUGAUUACGAAACAAACACAAACACACAAUCCCACACACACACACACCUUUAAGCGCAAGAAAAUCCGCUAAAUGCCUAAACAAACACUAUUAUAAAUGAUUAUCAAUAAUCAUCAAUUAUAUGUAACGAAUUAUUACGAUUAUAUAUAUAUACCUAAUGAAACUUACAAUAAUAGUUGUUUUUAGCGAAAAAAAAACAUACGAACACAGAACACUUUAACAUUUAACAAACGUUGUCGUCGUUGUCGAUAUUAAAUCUUUGAAUGAAUUCGAGCAAAAAAGAGAAAAACUAACAUUGGCAAAAGCGAGCUAAACAAAGCAAAAACAAACAAAAAAAACAAUUGUGAAGCGAUUCCUGGAAUCGAACAGCUACAUGUGUUAUUAGAUUGAGAGGUAAAAAACUGAUAAACGAAUGGCAGAAACAAAAAAAAAUCAAUAUACAUAUGAUAAAUAUCUACUUAAUUCAAGCAAACAUUAA